CACCAAUCGGGAGCAAGGCCCGACCAUGGCAUCGUCCCAGCGCGUCCCGCUCUUGAAGCCCAAGGGCGCGCGCAAGCCGACGCGCGUCUCGAUCGGGCCUCGGCCCAAGUCGUCGCAAGCACCGGCGUCGCAACCCAAGCCGGCAACACCAGCGACGGCCACGGACUCGCCCGUGCCCGAGACGCGGUCGCGGUCCAACUCGAUUGCAACGCCAAAGGCCGCUACUGAAGCGUCGCACGAGAAACCAUCUCCCGUCGCUACGCCUGCGCCGACACCCGUGGUCCCGCCGCCAGCCGCGAAAGGCCCGACGCGCAUCCUCGCCGGCGGCGCCUUUACACCUGGCAGCUCAUUUGGUGUUGGCAGUAGCCCGAGAGGACCCGCCCGCACGGCAGCGCCACGCCGGCCGGUCCCGAUCGUGAUCCCAUCGGUGGGAUCGGAGCCGUCCCGUGUCGCACCUGCGAAAUCUCCCACGCCGGCGACGCCAGUGUUGGCACCAGGAACACCCGUGCAGAAACCCGGCACGCAGAAGCCAGGAACACGGGUGGAGAAGCCUACGCCUGUCCAAAAGCCGGGUACUCCUGUCCAAAAGCCGGCAACCCCCGUCUUGAAGCCAGCAACCCCCGUCUUGAAGCCCGGAACCCCCGUGUCCAAGCCGUCGACGCCCGUGUCCAAGCCAUCAACGCCUGUCGCCAAGCCAGCAGCUCUCGAAUUGCCGGCGGACGUCAGCACAAACUCGCCGACAACGAAGAAGUCCAAGUCGGCCAAAUCAGCCAGAUCGGACAAGUCGGCCAAGAAAGCCAAGUCCUCCAAGAAGGCCAAGACGACCAAGACCGCGACGGUCGCGAAAGCAAUGGCAUCGACCGACGCGCCGAACGCACCCGCGUCCAUGCGCCUCCGCAGCUUGACCAAGCCCAUGGUGGCGGCGCCAGAGCCCGUGCGCGUCGCGGCCCCUCGUGUUGAAACGCAAAAGAAGGCCAAGAAGGCAAAAGCACAGCCGUCGUCGGACGAGCCCAAGGCCAAGCGACCGAAGCGCCCGGCGUCGCCCGUUGAGGACGAGGUCAUCGACGACGACCACAGCGACAGCGGCCAUGCCCACUUCUUUGAAGUCGUCGACGACGACGAUAUGGAUGACGCGGCGGACUUCAACUACGACGACGACGACGAAGAUGCGCCGAUCGCUGCGUCGAUCGCGCGCCGAGGCCGGAAGACGUCGAGACGAGUGCCCAAGCCCUUGGCCAUCGUCCCUGCGUCCCAGCGGGUGCUCGACUAUGCGCGCGCGCUCCUCGAGGACGACGAAGUCCAGCCAAAGAACAAGGCCAAGCGCAAGACCGUCGCCAAGAUGGCACCGGAAGAUGUGCUCGAGUCGGAAGACGAGCUCGCGGCCGAAGUAGCGCUCUCAAAGAUGACCAUGGGCGAGCUCGCGAUGACUGUGCCCCGGGGCGUGCGCGACGACGCCGACGACGAGGAUGAUGAGCACGACGACGAGGGAACCGGCCGCCAAGCCCGUAACGAGGCCCGCCCUGCACCGGCGAGCGGUCCCCGGGUUGAGUUUGUCGAUGGCCGCAUCGUCGUCAUUGAAAGCAGCUUGACGAUCCACGAAGACGAGCUCAACGUCAACCACGACAGCGAGCAGGACGACGACGAAGAGAAGAAGAAGCGCCGUCAAUCGGGCGGCGGGUACUUGGUGGGUCGGCGCACGUCCAAGCGCUGGCCGCACUCGGAGACGGCGCAGUUUUACUAUGCGCUGAGCCAAGUCGGCGCCGACUUUACGCUCAUGUCGACGCUCUUCCCCAACCGGACGCGGCAAGAGCUCAAAAUCAAAUUCAAGAACGAGGAAAAGGUCCGGCGGAACCUCGUGGACCUCGCGCUCUCGUCGGCAGCGCGCCCACUGAACGCCAACAUUGCCGAGAUGGUCUCGACCAUCUUGGCCAAGGAAGCGGCGCGGAAGAAGAAGGCCAAGAGCGGCGACAUCGACGACGACGACGAGGAGGCCGAGGCUGAAGAGAUGCCACUGCUCUUUUAACAUGUAAUGAACCGAGAAUCCUGCAUGACGCUGGUAUGCCGCAACUUGUACAGCGUGA